AUGGCGUCUUCAUCCUCGGCAUCGUCGCUCUUUGCGACAGAAUGCCUCCUCUACUCGACCGCCUCCUCGUCUUCUCUCGUCGGAUCCAUGGGUCUCACCACCGUAACCGCGCCGUCAUCAACGUCCGCGCUCUUCACCUUCAAGGGCGUCUCUGAUCCCGCUUCUCAUUCGGUCGCCGUUAUCCCCACAUCGCCCAACCCAGCUGUCUCGGGCGUAGGCGGUCUCGUCUUGCAGCUCGAGAACAACAAGGCAACGCUCAACGUCUUUUCGUGGCAGCGCGAUCAUCCGCUUCAGCGCAUCAUCCUUCCGCAAAAGCUAGCCUGCAUCGCUGCCUCUCCAAACGGCGAACUCGUCGCAGGCGGCUCGUUUGACGGUCGGAUCUUUCUCUGGCAGAUCGCAACCGGAGACCUGCUCGCUUCCUUCGAUGCGCACUACCGCUCGGUGACGGUGCUCAAGUGGACACAGGAUGCUGCAGCACUGGUCACGGGCUCAGAAGACUCAAGGAUCCUCGUCUGGAGCUUGGCGGGGCUGCUCGCUCCGCACGAUCAGACCAGCUCGGCCAUCACCAGCUCCGAACACAAUCCCACACCCUACUGCACGCUCGCCGACCACAACCUCGCCAUCACCGACCUGCACAUCGCCAGCGGCCGCUUCCCCAACCACACCACCAUCCUGUCCAGCUCGGCGGAUUCGACCGUCAAGAUGUGGGAUCUGCGCACGCGCACUCUGCUCAGCACUUUCAUCUUUGAGCAGCCCAUCCACCGCGUCGUGCUCGACUGCACCGAGCGCUUCUUCUUUGCCGCCGCAUCGCCAGGCUCGGGCGAGAACGCGGUGUAUCGGAUCGAUCUGUUCCGCAAGCGCGAUGCGAGCAGCAGGAUGGUCGAGCCCAAGCUCGCCACCAACGGCUCGGCGUUCGACUUUGUCACCGACGAGCUGCGCGGCGCGACGGCGGUGGAGGCGUACGGCUUUGGCUCGGCUGCUGGCCCAACGACCGAGCGCAUUGCUUCGGCAAACGAUGCGGCGGGGAGAGCUGCGGCGAACGGGUCGAGCAUCAUUGCGAUGCGCGAACCCAUCUCGAGCAUGUGUCUGUCGUCCAACUCGACUUCGCUGCUCGUCGGCAGUGCGGCAGGCAACCUGUUUGUGGUGGACGUGUCCAACUCGCAGAUCCUCCGCACGGUCUCGAUGCUCGGCAAUGCCAAGGCCAGCGCGGUGACGGGCAAGAACGCAGUGACAAAUCUCGUGGUGCUUCCCAAGCCCCGCGACUUGCUCGGCCACUGGGAGACGGCGGGGCAGAGCGGUGCAGGGUCUGCGAUCGCAGGCGCAGGUGGCGCUGGAGCAAACGCUGCAGGCAGCAUCCCUGUUCGGCCCAUCGCCAACUUUAGCCGCCACGUACUGGCGUCCGAAGAAGAGCGUCUCGCCACGCCUUACCUCACGCGCAUCGCGGCUACUGCCAACACGCACCUGGCACACAACGGUGUGGACAGCUUCAUUGAUCCGCAGUGGGACAGUCAGCUGGUGUCCGACGACCUGCUCGGUGUAUUCUCGUCGCCGGUGGGCACGGUCAACGCGCCUGCGGGGGUUGCAUCGGUCAAGGCGAAUGGUCAUAGUGCCGAACAGACGGACAAGCUCAGCCAGGAAAACCAGCUGCUCCGAUCACAACUGCAGCAGGCCAAGGCGAUCAACGACGAGAUGUGGUCGCGACUCGUACGCGACCGUCUCACGAGCCAAGCUGCUGCUGCCAGCGAGUAG